AUGACUACAGCAAGAUAUAGGCCUACUUGGGACUUGGUACUUGACCCAUUAGUGUCCUGCAAGCUCUGUCUUGGUGAAUAUCCCGUGGAGCAGAUGACAACAAUAGCACAAUGCCAAUGCAUCUUCUGUACCCUGUGCCUAAAACAGUAUGUGGAACUUUUGAUCAAAGAAGGUCUAGAAACAGCAAUCAGCUGCCCUGAUGCUGCCUGCCCAAAGCGAGGUCAUCUGCAAGAAAAUGAGAUUGAGUGCAUGGUUGCAUCAGAAAUCAUGCAAAGAUAUAAGAAACUACAGUUUGAAAGAGAAGUGCUUUUGGAUCCGUGUCGGACUUGGUGUCCAUCCUCUACUUGCCAGGCAGUUUGCCAGCUCCAGGAAUCAAGCCCACAGGACCCCCAGCUGGUCCAGUGCAAAGCCUGCGACAUUGAGUUCUGCUCUGCUUGCAAAUCUAAUUGGCAUCCAGGUCAAGGCUGUCAAGAGAACAUGCCAAUCUCUUUUCUUCCAGGCGAAACAAGUUCAGUUUUUAAAAUGGAAGAAGAUGAUGCUCCAAUCAAACGCUGUCCAAAGUGUAAAGUUUACAUUGAACGAGAUGAAGGCUGUGCCCAAAUGAUGUGUAAGAACUGCAAACAUGCCUUUUGCUGGUACUGUCUGGAAUCUCUUGAUGAUGAUUUUCUCCUUAUACAUUAUGACAAAGGACCUUGUCGAAACAAGCUGGGACACUCCAGGGCAUCUGUUAUCUGGCACAGAACACAG